GCGAACAGCCGGUUUUUUUGGUGUAUCAACGGAUAGUCCGCGAUUCUCAUUUUGUCGGUUUUACAUUGAACUAAACAGCUGGUUGUUACUAAAAGAUUUAAAUAGACAGACAGUUAAAAUACAUAAACAUACGUCACGAGAACUAGGUGACACGUUUUAACAAAAAUGUCAGAUGAUACUGUUUGUGUUGCUCUUCGCAUACGACCUUUAAUACAGAGUGAGAUUGAAAAAAACUGUCAAACCUGCUUAGAUGUGAUUCCUGGAGAGCCACAAGUUCGGAUUAACAAUUCAGAUAAAGCAUUCACAUAUAAUUACGUUUUUUCUCCUGAUGUUGGUCAAGAAGAGUUUUAUAAUAUAGCAGUUAAACGAUUGUUGGACAAUACUUUUCAAGGCUACAAUGUUACAAUAUUGGCAUAUGGACAAACUGGAAGUGGGAAAACCCAUUCAAUGGGUACUAACUAUAUGGGAGAAGGAGAGAAAGGUGUUAUACCGAGAAUUAUAGAUGAUAUAUUUGACACAAUUGAAGUCAAGAAGGAAGAUUGGAACUUUACAGUCACAGCAUCUUUCAUAGAAUUGUACCAGGAACAAUUGUACGAUCUUCUAUCCAAUAAGGAAAGAAAUCAAUCGGUUGUAGAGAUUAGAGAAGAUGGCAAAAAUAUAAAANUUGUCGGAAUAACUGAAAAAGAUGUAACAAACGCUCAAGAGACAUUAGAAUGCUUGAUGCAAGGCUCCAUGGGUCGAGUAACUGGAGCAACCGCUAUGAACGCACAGAGCAGUCGCAGUCACGCAAUAUUCACGAUAUGUAUACAGCAGCAAAAGAAAGAUGAUGCAAAUACAGCAACAGUUGCAAAAUUUCAUUUAGUUGAUUUAGCGGGUUCAGAGCGUAGCAAAAAAACACAGGCUACAGGAGAGCGCUUUAAAGAAGGAGUGAAUAUAAAUAAAGGACUGCUGGCUUUGGGCAAUGUCAUCUCUCAACUUGGAGAUGGCUCUUUUGGGAGUUACAUUGGCUAUAGAGAUAGUAAACUCACACGAUUGCUACAAGAUUCUUUAGGUGGCAAUUCUAUGACAUUAAUGAUUGCCUGUGUGAGUCCUGCUGAUUACAAUUUGGAUGAGACACUUAGUACAUUGAGNUAUGCGGAUCGCGCGCGCAAAAUAAAGAACAAGCCGAUAGUGAACCAAGAUCCGAAAGUAGCCGAGAUCAAUCGUUUGAACAAGUUAGUGCAAGAAUUGCGGUCUGGUCUUGUGACUCAAGAUGGAUUUGGUCUAACGUGUCCGAAAGAACACAAAGAACUUGAAGAGAAAUGUAAUAUGUUGCAACAGAAGCUNCGAGAUAUAACGGAAACGUUGAACUCGAAUCUGGUGGAAACUGUUAUCAUGCAUGAAAGAUCCGAAAUAGGUGAACAUGCUUGGGAAAAAAUGAAAUCGUCCAUAGCAUUGCUGGUAGAUAAAUUUAAACAGGUCUUACAGGAAUUUAGUUNGAUCCACUCUGAGGUCAGCGAAGAAAUGUGUAAUAAGUUAAAACCGAUAUACGAAAUAUUGUUAGAUAUUCAGAAUGAUGCAAGAAAAACAUGCGAAGANCUCAUACAUCAUGAAAUAUCUAAUUCGAAAAAUAGUGUAAAUAUGUUAGAAAUAUGUGAGAAUACGGAAGAAGUAAGUAAUAACGAAAAUAGUUUGGAUUAUUUUGACAAAAAGGAAGAGGAACACACGUUGCGCCAGACGGAACGGAAUAACGAGGUUCACAACAUUAACAAACAAUUAGCGCUAAAGGAAAGUCUCGUGACGGAACUUAUAAAAAAUGCNACACAACUAACCGCAGAAAGUCAUACAUUAAAAAUUAUGGAACUAGAACAAGAAAUUAAACGGCUAAAUGCCGAAAAAGAAGAACAUUUACACGUAAUACANUCACAGAACGUCAGCUCCAAAUUGGCUGAGAUGCGUCGUAAAAAACUACAAGAAUGUGAAAAAACAAUAGCAGAAUUAACACGCAAGCAUGUGGAAACGACAAAAAUAAUGAAAGCGAAAGAAAAACAGGAUUUUAAAAUCAAGACACUGUCCAGUGAAAUACAAUCGCUAAAAGAAACAAGAGUAAAACUUAUUAGACAAAUGCGCAUAGACGCAAACAAUUUUACCAAGUGGAAGCAAUCUAAAGAGAAGGAAAUAAACAGAUUAAAGUCUCAAGAUCGUAAACGAGCCACUGAAAUGGUGCGCAUGAAAAUAGCAUAUAAUAAACAGGAGAACGUUUUUAAGAGAAAAAUGGAAGAGGCAUUUGCUGCUAACAAAAGAUUAAAGAGUGCGUUGGAAAUGCAGAAAAGAGCGAUUGAACGUCAGGAGAAAAAGGCCAACGGCAAGGAUGAAAUAAAAGUAUGGAUGGCUCGAGAAAUAGAAGUACUCAUGGCCAUUGCAGAUGCGCACUGUUCUCUUGAAAAAUUGAAGCAAGAUAGAGCGUCUUUAGUGAGUCAGUUAGAACAGUUGAAACGGUCUAGUGAUCCAGACGAAGAAGAACUGUGUAGUCUGAGUGAAUUUGUGAAAUUGCGUAAUACACAAAUUGCAGAUCUACAACAAAAAAUUCUCGAGUCAGAGCAAGAGAAUAAAGCAAAUAACCAAUGGAAUAUGAUAGUACGCACAACAACGGACGCUAAGGUAGCACUCGAAACGGCAUGUCACAUAUUUGUAGAAGACAAGAAGGAACAACGGUAUAGAAACGAAGAGUUUAAAGAAAAAUAUCAAUAUAUGGUAAUUCAAUUAGACGAAGCUAGAAAACGGGAGAAAGAAUUGAUUGAGCAAUGCCAGAAUUUAGAAGUCGAGGUAGAAGAAUACAAGCUGAAGAUGGAAAUGAAUGAACAAGUUUUGGUAGAAAAUAAUUCGAAUAAGGAAAAGAAAUCAUCAUUUUCUAAAAAGAGAAGGAAAAAAGAAGACCACGAUGAAUUUAACGAAGUACUAAUACAUGAUGACAGUUUGACGAUAGAAGACGACGUUGAUAACGAUCCAGAUUGGACAAAAACACCGAUUUACAAUCGUUUACGAAAAACACAGCAUAAAUCAAAGAUUUCGGUCAAACGAUUGACUUACAGUAGAAGCCUAGAACUCGACAAAAUUAAAUGUGCUUGUAAAACGAAGUGUAGUACAAAAAUAUGCCUGUGUCGUAAACAUGAUAUCAUGUGUGCAGAUUGUAAUUGUAACUCAGAGCUUUGUCAGAACAAAGAAAACUUAUCUACGCCACUGUUCUCAGAUAUCAAAACUGAUGUCUUAAUAUAAAAAGAAACAUCUACUUAGAAAAAGAAAUAACUGGAAAUUAACUGCUGUAUACAUAUGAUUUUUUAUCCAUUCUCUUCUAUACAUACGUAUAGACACAUGCUUUGUGAUGCCUUUCAUCAUGAAAUGUUGUAUAUAUCAAUUUUAUUCACUUGAUUCAUUUUUUAUCAUUUAAAUUAUUGUAGUAUAAUAUAAAUGACUUCAAUUAUUUCAUUAUAAGUAUUCAAAGGGCUAUUAUAUGUAUGGAUGUACAACUUUAUUUCAUAUUUUUUACGCAUUGUAAUAUAGUUAGUUUUUAAAAUGAUGUGAAAGAAUAUAAAUUAUAUCGAGUUUUUGCUUCCAAG